CAUCACUAUCACACAGACGUCAAAUAAGUCAAAUUCAACACCCAACCUCAAAAAUAUAUAAAAUAAAGAAAGGAAUAAAGAGGAUCAUAAACGAGUACUUUAGGAAAAUUUUAGAGAAAGCACAAGAAUAACGGAAGACAACAAUAUACUAGACAAGGUGCAUUGAAAAUGAGUAGCUUGCAAAGAGUUAUACGCUAGUUCUGUGGAUUACGAACUCUUUUAUAUUCGUCGAAUUUGCGUGACAACAUGGAGCAGAGUGUAGAUAUUGUGGACUUAAUUUCGUCACUGCUGGAAUCGGGGAAGUAUAAAGAAGCACUCAGUAUACCCGAUAAUCCUAAGUUAAAAGAAUCCUUUAAUGACAACUGUUGGGAUUUGAUUGCAGUUAUUAUAGGAAAAAUAAAAAAUGAUACAAUUGUUAUAAAGCCUUCCCUACAUGGUGCUUGUGAAGAACUUCUAAACCUCAUCAUCCACAAAGCAGUACCAGAAGAAGCUCUUCUAGAAUUCAUUGAACAAAUUGAAUUGGCUAAAAAUGAUGCUCAAUUUGGUAUUAUUCUAAAUCCUCUACAACAACUUCUACAAAAAUUGACAGCUAAGCGAGGGAGAUCUCUGGAAUGGUGCUUGAAUUCAAUAAGUACUUACAUUGAAGGUAUUCCUGUACCAGAAUAUGGAUUAGAGGACAAGGAGCAGUUGCUGAUGGAUAGUGAUCCUAAUGUCAGAAGAAUCAGUAAAGUUUACACUAUGUUGCCACCAUUCUAUGGUCCUUUUAUUAAAGAAUUGAAUGAUCAAGAUGGCAGCAUUUAUACAAAGCAAAUAAUAAAUGCAUUUCUUAUAAGCCUGCUUGGUAAACCACUGAUAUAUAUUGACAUGGACCCUGAAACCAGUUCUAAGAGUGAAAUAAGGCAAUGCUGCCAUUCAAUAGUUAAAGACAUUUGUUUUUUGGAGAAAAAUAUCUUUAAAUUCCUAACAUAUUUGGAAAUCUGUUACAAGGAGAUAAAUAAACCUAAAUCCAAGAUGGAUAAUGAAAACGAUGAAACAUCUCCUUAUGAUCAAAGGGAGAAGAUGAAUAUGACUACCCUCUCAUCUCUGUACUAUGUGGUAUACUCUGGUCAUUUUGAGUUGACACAUGAUUGUAUGCCUUCUGUUUAUAACAUUGAAUAUAUUGUUAAUAACUUAUUCCUUGCUGUUAUUCAUCUAUUGAAUUUCAGUGAAUAUGGCCCUCUUGCAAAAGGAAUGGCCCUUUGCAAAGCUCUAUUGGACCACUACCCUACUAAUGUAUCACAAGCCCAAUUAUCACCUGCACAUUAUGAUUUAAGCAAAUGCUUGUCCAAUGUUGCUAUAUAUUCAACAUAUGAAUCUAUUCGUAAAAAUGCUGUCAACAUGAUAGGGGAUCAUAUAAAAAAAUUUGAAUAUAAAGGAAGAUGUAUGUUAAUUAAAAAUUUGUUAGGAGUAGCGAAUCAUUCGGGUAUGAUUGGGUAUACAAUAUCUUUGUUUAAAAAUUCUGUUGAUGAAGCUUUUAAAGAAACUAAUUUACCAGAGUGCUUUAAAGGUCCACAGUUGUUCAAUAUGAUUCAAAAAAUGUGUCACCUCCCCCAUGGGGCAGAAUCUGAUUUAGUAGAAUUAGCAGAUCAAAUUAUAACAGCCCUUAAUUUUUUGAGGUACCUUGCUCUUAAAGACACUGAUAAUAUAACUGGAAUAAGGGAUUGCUUCUCAAUGAUUGAAGCGGAAUAUUUGGCUAAAUUAAGAACUGGGUUAAAUAUGUCUAAAGCACACUAUGAGGUUAAAUUGAGAGAUAUUGAAGAAGGAAAAGAUCAACCUGAAGGAGCAAUUAAUAUAGCCAUCAAUGUUGGUGGGAACAUUUUGGAUAAAAUCCCUACAGAGAACAAGAAAGAAAUAAUUUAUUCUGCUCUGAAUGCUUUCCACUUGAUUGAAGGGCUUGUUGCGCGCCUUUCCGAGUGUAUAAACAUUAAUAAAAUGUCUGGUCUUACAAUGGAAUGUGAAUAAUACUUUAUUUUCAAUAAAUCAGAUUUUUUCUUAUAUAUUUAUUUAAUUUUUGAACAUCUCUUAAGUUUUACUAUACAAAAAAAAAUUGUUGAUCAUUGUUACCCAUUGAUUAUUGUUGGUGGAACAAAAAAGAAAAAUAUUGGGACCACAUUAAUAUUUCAAAAAGUUUUUAUAUGCUCAAUUUUCAAUAAUGUUCUGCUGAUAAAACUUUUGAUGUUGUUGACAGCACUGAGGAGUGGACACAGAUAUGUUUUGACGAUUGCCAGUGUUCCUAUCAACAACACCCAAAGAAUAGUUAGGAAUUAUUGUCAAAACAAGCCAAAUGAAGAUAAUAAAAUUGUAUCCAUCCCUAUUGAACGUGAAGAAGAGCAAUAUGAAGAAAAUGUGAAACACAGUAUAUUGGAAAGGGCCCUAGACUUUGUACCCAAAAGUGGUUGGUCAGUGGAGUCGAUCAGCGCCGGCGCAGAAGCCGCUGGCUACCCUGGAGUAGCACAUGGACUGUUUCCCAAUGGAGGAGGAGAUUUGGUCCAUUAUUUCAAUAUUAAGUGUAAUGAACAAUUGGUAGUACAAAUGAAAAGUUGGCCAAAAGAAAAUCUAAAAGAAUCCAAAGUACCCGCGAAAUUUAUUGAGAAUGCUAUAUUCACGAGGCUUUUAAUGAUAGAACCAUAUAAGAGCACAUGGCCGAAAGCCAUAGCAAUACAAGCUCUACCAAACAAUGUUUCCAACUGCCUCGCCACAUUACUCUCCCUGGUGGACGAUAUUUGCUAUCAUUCUGGAGAUCGAAGUGUUGACUUCAAUUGGUACAUCCGGCGAGUGGGUUUGGCGGGCAUUUACAAGGCGUCCGAGCUGUUUUAUCUGACUGACAAGAGUCAGGAAGGCGUCGCGACCAGAAGCUUUAUAAACUCGCGCAUACGAGACGCGCAGUUGAUUCAGACAGCAAUUGACAUGAACCCUGUGUCAGCAGCGCCGCAAACUUUGUCUGCUGCUUUUGUCACGGCUAAAAAUAUACUGGGAAUAAAUACACUGAAGUAGUUUCAAGAUUAUAAUAGCUGAGUAUCUUGAAUAUAAAAUGAUAAAAAAAACCUUAUCAACAAGAUGUAUGUAGUAUUAUUAAAUUGUAACAUUUAUGUGCUGUUAGUUUGUUGUUUAAUAAAACAGAUUACAAUAACAA